CGGAACUGUGCCGCCGUCGCCGAGCGGAGCAAUGUCGGCUAGUAGCCUUCUGGAGCAGAGACCCAAGGGCCAAGGCACCAAAGUGCAAAAUGGAUCUGUGCACCAGAAAGAUGGACUAAACGAUGAUGAUAUCGAACCUUACUUGAGUCCUCAGGCUAGACCGAAUAAUGCGUACACGGCAAUGUCUGAUUCCUACCUGCCAAGUUAUUACAGUCCAUCCAUUGGAUUCUCCUACUCCUUAGGUGAAGCUGCUUGGUCAACUGGGGGCGAUCCACCCAUGCCCUAUUUAACAUCUUAUGGACAGCUAAGCAAUGGGGAGCCUCACUAUCUCCCAGAUGCCAUGUUUGGACAGCCAGGGGCCCUUGGCAGCACUCCAUUUCUUGGACAGCAUGGCUUUAACUUUUUUCCAAGUGGGAUUGACUUCUCAGCUUGGGGCAAUAACAGUUCUCAGGGGCAGUCCACUCAAAGCUCUGGAUAUAGCAGCAACUAUGCUUAUGCACCGAGCUCAUUGGGCGGAGCCAUGAUCGAUGGACAGUCUGCUUUUGCCAGUGAGACCCUGAAUAAGGCUCCUGGAAUGAAUACCAUUGACCAGGGGAUGGCAGCGUUGAAGCUGGGCAGCACUGACGUUGCAAACACUGUCCCCAAAGUGGUUGGCUCUGCUGUUGGCAGCGGCUCUAUUGCCAGCAAUAUUGUGGCUUCUAACAGUUUGCCCCCAGCGACCAUCGCUCCUCCCAAGCCAGCCUCCUGGGCUGAUAUCGCCAGCAAACCCGCCAAACAGCAGCCCAAGCUGAAGACCAAGAAUGGAAUUGCAAGUUCAAGUCUUCCACCACCCCCAAUAAAGCAUAACAUGGAUAUUGGGACUUGGGAUAACAAAGGACCAGUGGCAAAAUCUCCAUCCCAGGUUUUAGUUCAGAAUAUCGGUCAGCCACCAUCCCAGAUAUCCCCCCAACCGAUGGGUCAGGCAAUGAGUAACAGCCCACCCGCUGUGCAGCCUUCAGCAGGACAACAGCCACAACCACUGCCACCUCCACCACCCCAGCCAACUCAGCUGCCAGUGCAGCAGCAGGCGCCUCAGCCUGCCCGCUGGGUUGCCCCUCGUAACCGCAGCAACGGGUUUGGUCAAAAUGGAGUGGAUGGCAGUGCCGUUGGACAGUCUCAGACCACUUCUGGUGCUGUCCCUUCAGAGCCACACCCAGUCUUGGAGAAGUUGCGAUCCAUCAACAACUACAAUCCGAAGGAUUUUGACUGGAACCCAAAACAUGGUCGGGUUUUCAUCAUCAAGAGUUACUCCGAGGACGAUAUCCACCGCUCCAUUAAAUAUAACAUCUGGUGCAGCACAGAGCAUGGUAAUAAAAGACUGGAUGCUGCUUACCGCUCCAUGAACGGGAAAGGUCCUGUUUACUUACUGUUCAGUGUCAAUGGCAGUGGUCACUUCUGUGGAGUUGCAGAAAUGAAAUCUGCCGUGGACUACAACACGUGUGCAGGCGUAUGGUCCCAGGACAAAUGGAAGGGACGUUUUGACAUCAGGUGGAUUUUUGUGAAGGACGUUCCCAACAGCCAACUGCGGCACAUCCGCCUAGAGAACAAUGAGAAUAAACCAGUGACCAACUCCAGGGACACUCAGGAGGUGCCUCUGGAAAAGGCUAAGCAGGUGCUGAAAAUCAUUGCUACCUACAAGCACACCACUUCAAUUUUUGAUGACUUCUCACACUAUGAGAAACGCCAGGAGGAGGAGGAAAAUGUGAAAAAGGAACGCCAAGGCCGUGUGAAGUAGAACAGUGGCCCCUUCCACAGAGACUGCAGCAGAUGUUGCAACCUGGGUAUCUUUCAGACAGGAAGGAAAACUACACCACAGAGAAUUAGGACUUGUUUCAUUGACUUCAAAAAGACUCUUAAACUUUCAGUUUAAAUAAAAAAAAAGUAUUGGAAUUUCACAAGAUACAUAGGACUUAAAAAAACAAACAAAAAAAAACAACAACAAAAAACCCUUCUAGGUAGAGUAUAGGUGAAAACUGUCCCCUUUUUUGGCUUUGAUUGUGAUUUCAGAGCAUACGCUUUGGUUUUUUGUCUUUUUACUAUGUUAAUCGGAUUUUAAGGUCCGUAAGUGGCAUAUGCCUUUUUUCUCUAAUUUUUAAACCUGCCGCCUUCCCCUUAGCCUUCUUGAACCCAUCUUCCCUUUGGUUGUUGUUUUUUUGUUUUUGGCAUUUGCACUUGGAACACCGAGUUGUGACUUUCUUUUGGACAUCCACCAUAGGAAGUGGAAUGAAUAAGUUUUUCCCUCCCCCCACGGACUGGAAGAAGAAUUCUGUGACGAAUGUGAGUUUUUUUUUCUUAUGCCUAGAAGAUUUGGAUGGAAUCUGUCAACAGGCAUGUCUUGGAGGGAAUGCUUCAUUUUCUCUUACCCUCUUGUCACUCAAAAAAAAAGAAAAGUCAAAUGCGAAGAAGUCCUAAGAAAUGUUCUGUUCUUGUGCAUUAUAUGGAUUACAGAUUAAGUCUGGAUUGAUUUGAUUUGAAGGCUAAAAAGAACAGUGGUAAAAAAAAACUUGUUUGUUUACAGGAAAAUUAAUUUUGGAAGAAAAAUAUUGUAACUGUGUAGUGAAUGUUUCUUCAGUUUUCUUGUUAAGCCAAUGAGGAAUGGGCAUUGCCUUUCUUUCACCAUUAAUCACUUCUCAAUAAUAAACGUGAGAUCCUGUUGAGCAUCA